AUGGAGCGCGACGAAUCGGAGCGACAACCUUCCUGGUUGGAGCAGCAGGUUGCUUACCUGGAGGCAGAGAAUCGAAAUAGCGCAGCAGUGCGUGAUGAGUCAGCCCGCCUCUCGCGGCGGCUGAAGGCUGUUGAGGCCGCGUUGGCCGAGCUUGACACAGAACCAGCCAAGGUAAAGGCUGCGGCAGGGGAAGUGCAGGCUCUGGAGGAGGAUGAGGACGACCUGGCCCUGGCUCGCUGGGAGUGCCGCAAUGUGGAGCGCCGGCUCGAGCAGGCCCGGGGCUACAACCGAGCACUGAUGGAGGAUCUCUGCCGCAAGCGGAACCGUGAAGAACCGUCAGAGGAGGCCUCUGCGGAGGAGGACCCCGAAAUGGCAGAGAUGGUUUCUUCAAACACGGAGAUGUUGAGGAGGCUUCGGGAGGAGGUGGCCACUGCAAGCCGAACUUCGGCACCGCAGCCACCACAGGAGCCGCGACCCGGCGGGCGAG